CCUAGUUUGGACCUGUAGUUUCGCUUGGCGAGGGAGGCCAGGCCACUCAUGGGCCCAGAGAGAAACGUGUCUGCCUUUGCCUGUAGCUCUGAGUCAACAGGCCUGAUAACCAGCUCAUAUCCUGGGGCCAUCAAGGAACAAAGCCCUUGGCUGCUGCGGGAUCUGUCUACCCCCCUCUUCCUGAAACAGCUGUUUACUCUUUUGACAGGAGGACUUGGAACGCAGCACCUUCCCUUCCUCCCAGCCCUGCCUGCUUCUGCGGAUUGGAGCUCAAUAGGACUUUGCUGUUUUGUCUUUUACUCUGAGGGGAGAGAAGCAGACGAUGAGGUGAAAAUAAUGAGUGUCAAAGGAAAAGUGAUUCUGUCAAUGCUGGUUGCCUCAACUGUAAUUGUUGUGUUUUGGGAAUAUAUCCACAGCCCAGAAGGCUCUUUCUUGUGGAUAUAUCACUCAAAAAGCCCAGAAGUUGGUGGCAGCAGCACUCAGAAGGGCUGGUGGUUUUCGAGCUGGUUUAACAAUGGGAUCCACAAUUACCAAGAAGAAGAAGACAUAGACAAAGAAAAGGAGAACAACGAAGAAGAGCUUCAGCUCUCCGACUGGUUUAAUCCACAGAAACGCCCAGAGGUUGUGACGGUGACCGAAUGGAAGGCGCCGGUCGUGUGGGAAGGCACUUACAACAGAGCCAUCUUAGAAAAUUAUUAUGCCAAACAGAAAAUUACCGUUGGUCUGACAGUUUUUGCUACCGGAAGAUACAUUGAGCAUUACUUGGAGGAAUUCUUAACAUCUGCUAAUAGGUACUUCAUGGUUGGCCACAAAGUCAUAUUUUACAUCAUGGUGGACGAUGUCUCCAGGAUGCCCUUGAUAGAGCUGGGUCCCCUGCGUUCCUUUAAAGUGUUUGAGAUCAAGUCUCAGAAGAGGUGGCAGGACAUCAGCAUGAUGCGCAUGAAGACCAUUGGGGACCACAUUGUGGCCCACAUCCAGCAUGAAGUUGACUUCCUCUUCUGCAUGGACGUGGACCAGGUCUUCCAAGACAGCUUUGGGGUGGAAACACUGGGCCAGUCGGUGGCUCAGCUACAGGCCUGGUGGUACAAGGCAGAUCAUGAUGAGUUUACCUACGAGAGGCGGAAGGAGUCCGCAGCAUACAUUCCGUUCGGCCAGGGGGAUUUUUAUUACCACGCGGCCAUUUUUGGAGGAACACCCAUUCAGGUCCUAAACAUCACCCGGGAGUGCUUUAAGGGAAUCCUCCAGGACAAGGGAAAUGACAUAGAAGCUGAGUGGCAUGAUGAAAGCCACCUAAACAAGUAUUUCCUUCUCAACAAACCCACUAAAAUCUUAUCCCCAGAAUAUUGCUGGGAUUAUCAUAUAGGCCUGCCUUCAGAAAUUAAAAUUGUCAAGAUAUCUUGGCAGACAAAAGAGUAUAAUUUGGUUAGAAAUAAUGUCUGACUUUAAAUCGUGCCAGUAGGUGUCUGAAUUUGAGAGAGUAUCAUUCUGGCUACUUCCUCAGAAAAGUAACAUUUAAUAUUAACUUAAAAAAAAAUACUAACAAAACCAACACAGCAAGUAUGUACUAUUCCUCCUUGUAACUUUGAGCUUAUAAUAUGGAAGAAUGAACCUAUGGUGAUCAGAUGUAAACUCCCAGUGAUUUCUUAUCUAUUCUGGGUUUGGGGGAAAUACUAUCAGCUGAAUCAAAAAGAGUUUGUCACAGGCAAAGAAAAAGCCAGAAAUACUCUACAUGUGCCAGAUGAUGUACUGGAGAAAAGGGUGCCCAGGGCAGUGUUUGGCAAGAAGAUACACUUGUGGGGGGUUGUUCCCUUGAUUUCAAUACCUUCCUGUCUUUGCUGAGUCUGAAACAACAUAGAGUUGCUUUGCAGCAGAACUCUGAGUGAGGACAGAGUCCACCUUGGCAAUCCUCGAAUGGUUUCAGUAGCACACUGCUGCAGGCCAUUUGUAGUCCAGGUCCUUUUCUCAUCAGGAUGUUGAUUGGUUUCUGUGGGAAAGAUUGGUGGAGAUUCCCAAUGGAUACAUGGUGGUGUAUGUUUCGAGUCACCGGGAAUCUGAAGGAGCCGGUGGGUGCUCAG